CACGAUCCGCCGCGGGGCGGAGGGCGCUCCCUGGCCAUGGCGGGCGAGCUGGAGGGCUGCAAGCCCCUGAGCGGGCUGCUGAGCGGCCUGGCGCAGGGCGCCUUCCACGGACACGCGGGGGUCACCGAGGAGCUGCUGCACAGCCAGCUCUACCCGGAAGUGCCCCUGGAGGAGUUCCGCCCCUUCCUGGCGAAGAUGAGGGGCAUUCUUAAGUCUGUUGCAUCUGCUGACAUGGAUUUCAACCAGUUAGAGGCCUUCUUGACUGCUCAGACCAAAAAGCAAGGUGGCAUCACCUGUGAGCAAGCUGCAGUCAUUUCCAAGUUUUGGAAGAGCCAUAAGUCAAGAAUCCGAGAGAGCCUCCUGAACCAGAGCCGCUGGGACAACGGACUGCGGGGCCUGAGCUGGAGAGUCGAUGGCAAGUCGCAGUCGAGGCACUCGGCUCAAAUACACACCCCUGCUGCCAUUGUAGAGCUGGAAUUCGGGAAAAGUGGACAGGAAUCUGAAUUUCUGUGUCUGGAAUUUGAUGAGGUUAAAGUCAAGCAAGUCCUGACGAGGCUGUCAGAGGUAGAAGACAGCAUCGGCACGCUGAUGCAAGCAGCCUGACGGAGUCGGGCAGGAAGGAGCGUUGACACGAAGGAGUCGGAGAACCGCGCCACCGACCUUACUUCUAACUCCUGGUUCCCCUCGGUGUCACCAGGCCACACUGCACACAUGUACAAAAGUCUCCAAGAACAAAUAAAACGUCUAUUUUAAAAGGUGGCUAAAGAAGAAGAAAAGCCUCCAGUUCAAAUCUU